AUGCAGCGUUUCUCUUUUAUACUUAAUCCAUUGGAUGCCAUUUGUAAUGUCAAGCGCGCCGACGCAGUCUGUGUUUCGAACCUCAAGAAUGCCAAACAUAUCGAUAAGAGUGUGCUCGUGGAUCGGCCGGACGUAAAAAUAUUUUUGCCAUUUAGAUUUUUUGUCUACGAUCCAAAGCACCUAUUCCUACCAAACACUUAUAAUACCUUCUUAGUUGCACCCACGGGUGAUCAUUUAAUAUCGCUGAUCGAUGAAAUAUCAUACAUAUCGCCACCUUCACCAAUGCUUUCACAAAUUGAGGACAUACCACCAGAACAAUUCUGCAAUGGCGAUAAUCGACCACCGGAAUGUGCACCAAAUUGUCAGUGCACCCACAAAGUGGACAUACCAUUAGGCGCGGUGGUUGAAGUAGUGCUUGUUGAUGAAGUACAACAAAUUAAUCUAAGUCAUCCCUUUCAUUUACAUGGCACAGCAUUCUACGUAAUGGGUUUGGGACGUUCGCCGGACAAAGCUAUUAAGAAAAUUAAUUUAAAACAUGCUCUGGACUUAGAUCGUAUGGGUAUGUUGAAACGUGACUUUUCAAAGCCCUCACUUAAGGAUACAAUAGCAGUACCAAAUAAUGGUUAUGCGGUUUUACGUUUCAAGGCUGAAAAUCCAGGAUAUUGGCUUUUUCAUUGUCACUUUCUCUUUCAUAUAGCAAUUGGCAUGAACCUAAUUUUACAUAUCGGCACACAAUCAGACUUACCGCCCAUACCACCUGGUUUUCCACGCUGUGGUGACCAUACGCCACCAAUCACUUUUUAUUAAUAGGUUAUGCGUCUUCGAACCGACAAAUGCAAACAACGGAUCUGUACCUUUUGUUAUAAUAUUUGUAAUUUUUAAAAGUUUAAUAUUAAGAUUUAA